AUUGUUCGUAGAGGUACUGGGAACCCCACCCAAACCUUUGCUGUUAGGUCUCCAGCGUACAAAAGGAAAAGGCCGACUUGAAAUUGUCAUUAGUUUUUAUUUACAUGCAGUUGACCCUGAACAGCACAAACAUUUUGUAUUUAAGAAGAAACCCACAGACGCUGCGCGGUGAUGUUUUAUUUCUCCACGUUCACCUUUGAAGGAAGAAGCUAACUUGAGCACCUGUAAUCUGAUGGUUUUAAGAAUUUCGUCUAAAGUUUUCACUCUAUUGAAGAUGGAUGCUGCACGUGCUGUGUUCGUGUUUACGCUAAUCCUCUUGAGCGGUCAUGUGGUUGAUGCUCAAACAUACUCUUUUGCCCAAAAUUCGGCUACGCUUUUGGAAUCCAGUGGGUCGUUAACUGUACAAAUUGACAGAACAGGAAGUACCGCACAACCGGCGUCCGUCAACAUCGCAGCCGUGGGAAGUGGAACGGUCCCAGCUUCUUCCAACGACUUCAGUGUUCCAACAGUCGCAACGUUUGACAGCCAGCAGUCGAGCACCAAUCUGAACAUCACCAUCAUCAAUGAUGAGAAUGUGGAGCCUGAUGAAACGUUUACCCUGAUUCUCUCGGCGAAUGACGGGGGGACGAUAACUCCAAUUUCAACCAUGACAGUUACCAUCCAGAAUGAUGAUGCUACCUCGUACACCAUUGGCUUCGCCUCCGACUCCACAUUUAAGAUCCUUCCCGACGAGUCUGUCCAAACCGUAACCCUCACAGUGAACCGGUCCCCGGCCACCGGUACCACAAGCGUCGGUUACGCCUUCUCCGGCGCGGCCACCUACGGUAUGGACUACACGAGCACCAGCACCAUGACUGGCUCCUUGUCGUUUGCUGACGGAGAGGCAACGAAGACCAUUACCAUCACCAUAGUGGAUGAUCAGCUGACAGAGGAUAUUGAGUCUAUUAUAGUUACUCUGAGCUCCACGGGCCAAAACAUAAUCGUACAGACAUCCGAGUCGAAAAUCUACAUACCAAAAAAUGACGAAACUGGCCUGGUAUCCACCUCGUAUAACUGUUUCCGCAAUGGACAGGACUGUAAGAACUCAGCCACGUGCGUGAACGGAGCCUGCGACUGUGGAUCUCUCAACCCUCCGUACGGGGGUUACGACUGCACCUAUAAAAUCGCCGACACGUCUAACGGCACAUGCGCCACGAGCCCUCCACACGACUGCGGCCCCAAUGCGCAAUGCUACGACACGGGGACUGGAGCCAACUGUUUCUGUUACAUUGGCUACAUCAAGGACGACAAAGACCAGUGCACUAUCCCAAGAUACAGAGUAGCAUGCACAAAAGAGUUCAUGACCAUGGUUGCAACGCCCGCCGGGACCUUUGAUGGCGAAAUAUUCAUAAAGGAUCAUUACAGUACCUCGGAAUGCAAAUUCGUAAAGUCCGGAAACGACUUCAAGAUGGAGGCACUCCUGAACAACGGCUCUAACUGCGGUGAUGCUGUUAUUGAAGACUUGGGAAAUGGCGACUACAAAGUGAAGCGGACUUUUAGAAUCGAGUACAGCAAAAUCAUGUCGACCAUCCAUGACGAAACUAUUAACGUGGAGUGCAACACUCGCGACACAGUGCAGAUAUCUACUGGUUUCUCACCAACGAACGUGAAUACGAGCGGACUGACACAGGUGGAUGGGAACGGAAAGCUGGACAUCGUCGAUCUGCUAAUGACCAAUCAAAACGGAGACCCGGUCACCCCCAGCAUGCAGUUCAACGUGGGCGAUCAGAUCACCUUCAAACUGUCCGUCAGCUCGGCGUCAUACGCAGGCAUUGUCCUACUGUGGAUGGCAGUUGACAACAAUAAAGAAUCGCCCAACGACAUUUCAACCGCACUGGUUACCCAGAGGUGCGUUGAUCCAGGUACCAAACUGAUCGUGGCCCCAGGUCCGACUCACCCCAAUAACAACGUCCACGCGGUGAGCGUCACGUUCCGAGUGAUGGUGUACAAAACGAGCACCGAGAUCAGAAUCCGAUUCAAAAGCCAGAUCUGUCUCACCUCAAACGCUGACUGCGCCGUUCAGUGCUCCGCUCGGAGGAAGAGAGCCACCGGGGACCAGUCUCAGACGAACGAUAUGAGCGUUCUUCUGAACGUCAAUAACGCAUUUUCUAGCAUCCCAACUAAAGUGGAAAAGACAAAUGAAAAGGUGUGUGUACAUUCAACGCCGAUGGUAGCGAUCGUAGCCUCGUUGUCAGCUGUGAUCUUCAUUCUGCUCAUGAUUUGUCUGGCCCUGUUCGUGCGCAGUGUGACGAGGAAGCCUUCGAAAAAUCACCACUAACAACCAAUCAGAAUCCUUCUAUGAAUUCCCAAUAGCGACCAAUCAGAAUCCUUCUUAGAAUUCCAAAUACGUGACAAUUUCGAGUCAGACCAGUUAGAAACGAAAUACUUUUACAAAACAACCAACUAGAGAUUUCUGAGCAACAGCCAAUCAGAAUUGUUCUUACAAUUAUGAGUAGGAAGUAGAAAGAUUUCUUUAAGGUCUCACUACACAGAUGACUUCCGGGUGAGAGUUCAUUCAUCAUGGGUCCACUAUAGUUCCUAAUUGUGACACAUGUUAUGGUUCACAUAUUCACUUCUAGGAAAUGGUGAAGAAUUAAA